GCAGUCAGACGAGUGAUAGAUAGAAAGAGGCAGAGAUCAGCAGCAGCGGAGGAGGAGAGAGGCGCAAAGAUGGUGAAAUUCCUGAAACCAAACAAGGCGGUGAUCCUUCUCCAGGGCCGUUACGCCGGCCGGAAGGCGGUUAUCGUCCGCGCCUUCGAUGAGGGAACCCGUGACCGCCCCUACGGCCACUGCCUCGUCGCCGGCGUAUCUAAGUACCCGAAGAAGGUCAUCCGCAAGGACUCCGCGAAGAAGCAGGCGAAGAAGUCUCGAGUGAAGGUGUUCGUGAAGCUCGUCAACUACAACCACAUCAUGCCCACUCGCUACACCCUAGAUGUCGAUCUCAAGGACGUCGUCUCCGGCGAUUGCCUCCAGUCUCGGGACAAGAGGGUCACUGCUGCUAAGGAGACCAAGGCCCGGUUCGAGGAGAGGUUCAAGACUGGGAAAAACCGUUGGUUCUUCACCAAGCUCAGGUUCUGAGCUUUGGAGUUUUGGUAAUUCUGUGUCGGAGUGUUUUGCUUUGUUAUGUUAUUCAUAGGUGAUACUGGCUUAUUGUCUGAGGGAAAUCGGAUAUUGUUACUGUUAGUAUUCAGUCAAUGUUUUGUCUUGUCUUUGAACUCAUUCUACUGCUAUUUGAUUUAACAACUUUUCAAGAUCUGCUUCUGUUUAGCUUAAA